AUGGAAGACUCAGAAAACUCUCCACCCUCUCAAAUUAGGCUUCAUGGCUUCAAUUCCCUAGAUGUGCUUGGUAAAGGUCACCAUGGUGAAGUCAUUCUCGUUCAAGCCAAGACCUCGAGGAAGCUUUACGCAGUGAAGGCAAUCAACAAGGAAACCGUGAUCGACAACAACGAAGUUCAAUGUAUCAAGUCUGAAACACGCAUAUUCCUCCUCGCUAAUAAAGAACGUCACCCGUUCCUCCUUAACUUACACGCCUGCCUCCAGACUGACACCCACCUCUAUUUUUUCAUGGAUUAUAUGUCUGGUGGUAACCUUAUGCUGGAUCUUAUGCACCACCCGUUCAGUCUUAAGCAGACUCGAUUCUACGCUGCUGAGAUCUGUCUGGCAAUCAAGUGCCUUCAUGGGAACGGUAUUCUCCAUCGAAAUUUGAAGCUUAGCAGUAUUCUCCUGACAACUGCAGGGCACAUUAAGCUCACAGACUACGAGUUCUGCACGGAGACCAUGUGGUAUGGAUCUGCAACCAGAACAUUCUGUGGGAAGACUGAGUUCCUCCAGCCGGAAAUACUCCUGGACAAAAGUUACGGCUGGAGCGUGGAUUGGUGGGCCCUUGGUGUAAUGCUAUAA